AUGGGAAGAGGAAGAGUGGAGAUGAGAAGGAUAGAGAACAAGAUCAACCGCCAAGUGACUUUCUCCAAGAGAAGAAAUGGUCUGCUCAAGAAAGCUUACGAGCUUUCUGUUCUCUGUGAUGCUGAGGUGGCCCUCAUCAUUUUUUCCAGUCGUGGAAAACUCUAUGAAUUCGGCAGUUCUGGGAUAACAAAAACCAUUGAGCGUUAUGAACGCAGCACCUAUAAUCCCGAGGAAAAUAACGUUGAGAGGAGUUGGUAUCACGAGGUCUCAAAAUUGAGGGCUAAGUACGAAUCACUUCAACGCACUCAAAGGCAAUUGCUUGGAGAAGAUCUCGGUCCUUUGAGUUUGAAAGAGUUGCAGAAUCUUGAAAAGCAGCUUGAGGGAGCUCUUACGCAGACCAGGGAAAGGAAGAAUCACAUACUGAUGGAACAGAUGGAAGAGCUCCGAGAAAAGGAACGCCAACUUGGGGACAUGAACAAACAGCUUAAGAUGAAGGUUUCCCUUGAAAUGACAGCGUUUGAGGCUGAGCAAAAAGCACUGAUGAUAGCCCUGCCUUGCCCUUGGAAUACCAAUGGACCAACAGGAAACCACAUCUUUCCUGUUCAGAUUUCUCAUCAACCCAAUGCAAUUGAAUGCCAACCUGAACCUAUACUACAGAUGGGGUACCAUAACUAUAAUCCAGGAGAAGGGCCAUCUUCAACUCCAAGGAGCUUGGCAAUUGAGAGCAGCAUUAUUCAGGGGUGGGCUAUUUGA